UCGGUAACGACGACGCACUCAACCGCGUCCUCGACCACCCGAUGCUACAGUGUAUACUAUCCAUGCCCUCCGCUAUGCAAACACCCUCGUUCCCCUCGAAGCUCAAGCUCAAGCGCUCGAACCUGCUACAUCGACCGACCAAUCACAGACGCCGUCUUUGUCUAUCGCUUCGGGCGUCUAUGAACAUCGCACCCGCAUGCUCAGUGAGGCCAGCUGCUCGUCCUCAUACAUAAUCUAGGAACGCAGGCGACGCAGCACGCUGAGGCUGUCGGACAAACGGCUUGUUCUGGCCCUGAUUGCUGCACUCUAUCUGGAACCUAUCUGCCAAUCCGGCUCCCUGCCCAGGCCCGAUGCUCAUACACCUGCCGCUCGGCGCACCACGAUAGCUUGAGUCCCCGGACCGCAAUAUGCCUCUGAGAAGCACAGCUAUAAAGCCCUGGAAGCGCUCCCCUAGGGGUGAUCGCUCUUCUCUCCCGUCCAAGAUGGCUAUUGACAUCGCAUCCUACUCGAACGAGCCUGUCACCCUCGCCAUCGUGGGCUGUGGCAGCAGAGGCAAGGCAUAUAGUGCGUACGCUAUAGCUGAGCCGAACAAAUGCAAGGUCGUCGCGGUUGCAGAGCCGCGUCCCAAGACGCGGAAGCUCAUGUCCGAGGCUCACUUCGUUGACAAGACGCUCGUCUUCGAGUCCUGGCAAGACCUCUUGAAGGCAUCUGAGGAGACAAUCAACACGGUUGGGAAACGUCUGGCUGAUGCUGUCAUCAUUGCAGUACAGGAUCGCAUGCACUUGGAAGUCACACUCGCCUUUGCGGAGCAAGGGUACCAUAUUCUCUGCGAGAAGCCUAUGGCGACCAGCGUUGAGGACUGCAUCAAGAUGGAGGCUGCCGUGAAGAAGGCUAACAUCAUCUUUGGUAUGGGGCAUGUUCUGCGUUACUCCCCAUACAACAAGGCGGUAUCCGAGAUCGUGCUGUCCGGUGAACUUGGACAGCUGAUCAACGUCGUCCAUGUAGAACCGAUUGGCUACUUCCACUUUGCGCACUCAUAUGUGCGAGGGAACUGGUCGAAGGAGGAAGAAUGCAGCUUCUCGCUUAUGACCAAAAGUUGCCACGACAUCGACCUGUUGUGCCAUUGGCUCAGCCCCAGUGGCACGCCCAAGCGUGUUUCUUCCUUUGGCUCAUUGCUGCACUUCCGAAACGAGAACAAGCCGAAGGAGGCUAGCGAUGCUAAGCGGUGCUUCGACUGUGCAUAUGAACGUACAUGUCCAUAUAGCGCAAAGAAGAUCUACCUCGACCCUCUGCAGAAGGGUCAGAUCGGCUGGCCGGUCGCUACGAUCGUAGAUGGGAUCCCGGACAUCGAGAACGUAACGUCUGCUCUGCGCCACGGCUCGUAUGGGCGUUGUGUGUAUGAGCAUGAUAACAACGUCUGCGACAAUCAGGUUGUGAACUUGGAGUACACCAGUGGUGCGACGGUCUCCUUUACCAUGAUCGCCCAGACCGAGCGCAUCUGCGAGCGGCAGAGCCGGCUGCACUUCUCGCACGGCGAGAUCAUCGGCGACAUGAACACCUUCACCGUGACUGACUUCCGUACGGGCAAGACGACGCACCACGCGCCCAAAAGCGAGGGCGGCAACCACGGCGGCGGCGACAUCGGGCUCAUCCGCACCUUCGUAGAGGCAGUGCGCACCGGACAGCAGGAACUGCUCGGCACGAACGUGAGCGAGGUGCUCAAGAGCCAUCUGACGGUGUUUGCGGCGGAGCAGAGCAGAAGGGAUGGGACGGUUGUCGAUUGUGAGAAGUUUGAGCAGGAGGCGAAGGCUCGGGUGCUUGUCUGAGUGUGUUUGUAUCUUCCUUAUUUUUUAGUGCCAUUGUUUGGGACAAAAUGUACAGCAUGUACUGGUUCCCAGGGAGUGGUCUAGUCGAUGUGCAGACUGUUCACUCCGAU